AUGUCUUCUUCCUCGCAUUACGGAUCUGUCUCCCAGCCUGCACAAACUGGGCAGACCUUCCAGCCAACGGACAGGCUUCAAACUGCGCAAACAACCGAUUCAACAGACACGCCAAAAUUCGAGAAGCCAUAUGAUUUAGUUGGCAAGCCUGAACAUGUGAAUGCAUUUGAUUCAAUUGACACAUCCAAAGAUGACAAGGCACGGCAUUCAGACUACACGCCUAAAGACCAGAAGACAUCUGGUUCAAUGAGCACUCCCAGGGACGAGAAUGCAUUUCAUUCAAACGACGCACCGAAAGAUGAGAAGGCGUUGAAUUCGAUUGAUAAGCCUCAAGAUCAGAGACCACGUCAUUCGGUUGACACACUUGAAGAUGAUGAAAAGGCAUUUGGUACAUUUGACACGCUUAAAAAUAAGAAUAUAUCUCAGUCAACGGAAACUCUCAAUCCUGACCCAAACCAACCUACGAAUUUGGAGAGACCUCAGUCAACAGAAACCCUUCAACCGGACCUGAGCCAACCUAUGAGUACGAGUUCUGAUCUGAUCUAA